AUGUUCAAGAACGAUUAUCAGGGAGGAGCCUAUUUUGAAAUUUUUUCUGCCCAGGGGAAAGAUGUUUUGGCCAAUUGGAAACUUGUUGGUGGUGCAGGUAUCAAAAAGGUUUAUGAAAGGGAAGUUAAAGGUUUUAUUUAUUCAUUGGAAGGAACCACCAGCACCACAAAGAUGACACUUCCAAAAGAUUCUCGACAGACUUUGGUUCUCGUCCAACAUUAUCUGAUUUUUCAAUCCUAUGUUAAUAGGGGUCAAGAUUUCUCCAUUGAACUUGGAGUUGUAGAUAUUAGCAGUAAUAAACGCAGAAUUCUGUUCUCUACUACCCAAAAAGAAGUCCAAUCAACACCACUUCAUGCUAAAGUGCCUCUGAAUAUCAUCAAAAGAGGAAUGUGGCUGAAUUUGUGCCUUGACCUUGUUUCAUUAGUUGGUGACUUGUGGAGGGGACAAACCUUUAAGGCUGUUGAAAGUGUGUGUGUCACAGCAACUUGUCAACUGCGUAAGAUCUUCACUAUGAAACGACCUCCUUAUGAAACUGCCAAUGAAAAUGAUAUUAAUCAGAAUUGCCAAAUUGAAUUUGACCACAUUCCAAAGCAAUGUCAAUUUGCCAAUGAUGUACAACAAGAAACACAGGUAAUAAACUUAAAGAAAAUUGUCAGAGCAAAUAAAUUACAAAGCAGUGAUGACAGCAGUUCUCAAGAAAGUUCAUUUCCAAUAAGUCAGCCAAUGCCACAUUUGGAAAUUGAUCAUAAACCCAAAAGUCAGAUUGCAUUUGGCUCUAAAAGGCAUUCAGCUGAAACCCACAGUCAGUUGACCUUUCGAAAAAUUAAGCAUGACAUGUCAUUCAAACCUCAUCCACCACGUGAACCUUCAUCAGAAAAAAAUCGCCGUCGGAUUCGAGUGAGGAAUGCAGGUCAUGAACUCAAUUCGGAAUCCUCCCAGGUUUCUCUUUGUGGAAAAACUCGCCCCACUGCAUCUGAAGAAGGAAAAACAAAUCUGGACAUUUGCAGAGAUAAAACUGUCAAAAACAGAAAUAACUCUCAAUCUAACAACUUGAAGGAAGAGAAAAUUCCUAAUUGCAAAGAUCAUCUCAUGCAUUCCAAGGUCAUGCGGCAGAAAUGGCCUGUUACCAAAAGUUCUGAUAACACCUCAGAGUUUGUGGAUACUGGCAUUGGGCCUGAUGUUCCUGAAAUUCAAUCACCCAGGAAACCAAUUGAAAUGGAUGAAUCUCUCUGUGGAGUUAUUGCAAUGCUGAAGGAUGGUUUGGUUAUGGCUGACAGUGAAUUGUCAGACAAUGGCAGCUCCAAUAGUGAUCACCAGAGUGAAUUUGGAGGCAGCGAGUUGGAUUUUGCUGAGAAAAAAGAUCCUGUUUAUGUUUUUACUUCAUUUCCAAAAUCUGCCCCAGAAUGUAGUCAUUCUCCUGUUCAAGAGGUUGACACAACAAAUGGGAAAUCAAAAGGCAAUGUUGUUGAUCCAGUCUAUUCUGGACGUGGUGCAAAACCAGAAGAUGAUUUUGUAUCAGUUCUGAAUGGCAGUGAUGACGAUGACUCUGUUGAAAAUGUAUCUGCAACAAGCAACCGUUAUGUGCGCACACAUAGUAACAGUGCAACUUCCAGCCGUGGCAGUUCGGGUAAGAGUGUUAGUUCUCGGGCAAACAUCCCUUUACCUGAGAAAGGAAGCAAACUACCAGUCCACAGUCAAGUGGUACAACAACUAAUUCAAUCAAGAUCAAAUGUUGGCCACAAAUCAGAGCUGGCUAAUCACACCAUACCCUAUGAUUCAAGUCAAUAUACUGCUUUACCUACCAUAGCAAAUGGAUGCCAAAGCUCGGUAUCAAGGCUGAAUCGUAAAUCACUACGAGAAGUGAGUCCAUCAAAUAUUAGGAAGUCCCUUGCCAAGUCUGGAGAGAAACCGUAUGACAGUAGCAAAUACCAAACUGCAGAUAAUGGCAUGAUGGAUUCACUUGAGGAACGAAUGUUGGCCAGCAUGAAAAGGCAACAAGAUGAAGAAUUGGCUCUUCACCAGAAAAAAGUUACUGAGUCUUCAGGACUUCCUGUUGAUCCUCCAUUGUUAGCUAAUCCUUUAUAUGAUGAUUCAUUAACUACCAACAGUGAUGAUGAUACAACCUUUAAUUCUCUCAAAGUGCCUUUGGCUUUGAGAUUUGCGCACAACUACAAAGAAGAGAUGAAAUAUCCAUCCAGACGCAGCACGGACACACUGAGUUCUUCAAAUCCUCGGGAUUGGAGUAAUGUGUUCAGUCCCCCAAUUGUACUUGCAAGUGAAAUAAACCAGCAGCCUUUACAAAUGGGAGGAACACUUGAUGGUUGUGUCGAUGACAACCUGACAACAGAUUGUGGUGUCCAAUCAAAAAGCUGCUUGAAUGAGAAAGACCAUGAAGAGGAACUGCAACUUCUUUAUGAUCCUGUUCUUGGUUAUUAUUAUGACCCAAAAAGUAGAAAAUAUUACCAACUGAUCUGA